CCUGAGAGAAGAGGAAAGGGCUGGGCUUACUCACUCACUAACCACAACUUGGGUCUCGACUGCAUCAGAAACCAGUUUAGAAAAAUCCUCGUUAAGGGGAGGAGUGGGUCUGGUGCAUGAUACUGAGCUGCAAAAUAAAGAUUUGUCUGCGCGCUCCGUGGAAGACCACCUUCAGUCCUCGGUGCGCCCUGAGCUCCUGCAGCAGCAGCAUCUUUACUCGUCGAGGCUGCAAAGCGCCAGUUGACGUUGCGUUUGUCGGCAUCAGGACCGGACUUGUUUUGUUUUGGUGCGCGCAAUGAUGGCCACUUACCAAAACUCGGAAGAUGACGCAAUGGCCUUGAUGAUCCACGACACCAACGCGAGCAAGGAGAAAGAGCGGCCCAAAGAGGAGCCGGUCCAGGAAAAAGUGUCGGAGAAGCCGGACCCGUCCCAGAAACCACCGUACUCGUACGUCGCGCUCAUCGCCAUGGCCAUCCGGGAGAGCACCGAGAAGCGCCUGACUCUGUCUGGUAUUUACCAGUACAUCAUCAGCAAGUUCCCCUUCUAUGAGAAAAAUAAGAAAGGUUGGCAGAACAGUAUCAGACACAACCUCAGUCUCAACGAGUGCUUCAUUAAGGUUCCGCGGGAGGGCGGCGGGGAGAGGAAGGGGAACUACUGGACUCUCGACCCAGCCUGUGAGGACAUGUUCGAGAAGGGGAACUACAGGAGACGCCGCAGAAUGAAGCGGCCGUUCAGACCGCCGCCGACGCACUUCCAGCCGGGGAAGUCGUUGUUCGGAGGGGACGGCUACGGUUACCUGUCCCCACCCAAGUACCUGCAGUCUAGCUUCAUGAACAACUCCUGGUCGCUCGGCCAGCCACCCACCCCGAUGUCCUACACGUCCUGUCAGAUGGCCAGUGGCAACGUGAGUCCCGUGAACGUCAAGGGGCUGUCACCCCCUUCCUCGUAUAACCCUUACGCCCGGGUGCAGAGCAUGGCGCUGCCCAGCAUGGUGAACUCUUACAACGGCAUGGGUCACCAUCACCACCCGGCUCAUCCCCACCAUGCGCAGCAGCUGAGCCCGGCCACCGCGGCGCAGCCCCCGGUCUCCUCCAGCAACGGAGCGGGCCUCCAGUUCGCCUGCUCCCGCCAGCCCGCGGAGCUCUCCAUGAUGCACUGCUCUUACUGGGAACACGAGACCAAACACGCGGCGUUACACACGAGGAUUGAUAUUUAAAGUUUACCAAAAAAGCGGUCUGCGUAACAACGAGGACACUGAGAGUGAGAGGUGAUUUCCUGUGAUUUCAAAACAGAACCGAGAGUAUUUUUCUUUGAAGAGACCAUUCUGACGAGCUGUUCGGGUCCAGCUGACAUUGACGAUGAGGACGUAUGCGAAACUUUGAUCAGAUGGAAACGGGAGGUAAAGAAGUCACCAGGACACAGGUAGCACAGCCUCUGGGAGCCAUUUGGUUGCGCCUGUUUUACACUUGGACUGAUGGUCAUAACUUGUAGUCUAAAUUGUGCCUGUGAAAAACUUUGACGGGGAUAGACAUUGCUGACGCUGGCUCAGCUGUGUGUCAAGGGCCUGUGCGUAAUGAUUUCCCUGAGCCUUACGCACGGCUUAUCCAAACUAUUGCCAAAUGAAACUUGAAAACAAGGUGCCCCAAUUAAGUCAGUGCUUUAACGUGUCAUUGAAUCAGAGCUGUUCGGCCUUCCAACUAACACGCACCGAGCGAGGUGAGACCCGCGUGGUGAAAUUACACCUCCUGUCAUGGCUGUGAAUCUUGUUUAGUAUUAAAAAAAAAAGAGGCGAAAGUGUUGGUAGAGAUCCACCAGACUGCCCAAAAUACAAUUAGGGUUUUCCUUAUUUCCUGAUCCCACAUGUAUGUAUGAUAUGAUUUCCAAUAUGACGCCAGCCAGUGCCAGGGUUUGAUAAUCUUUUUAAUUAUUAUAAUUUUUUUUUAUAAAUGUGAUUAGCUCUAUUUUUGUCUCCUUCAUGUUGGGGCCAUGUUUCAUUUUAAUAGCACUUUUCCCUCUUUUCUAGAUUUGUGAAUUUCUUAAUAAACUUGUAUUUCUUAAAGUAA